AUGUUUCAAGAAGUACCUUCAGAUGAGUAAAAUUUAUCGGUAUCUUAAGAUAAAUCUCGAUAGGGCCACUAAUAAAUGAUACCAAAGCAAAUCUUGGUGAGCAUUGUAAGUGCAGCAUUGGAUAGUCACUUUGCAAAAGAAAUUGAUGAAUUAGAAAAAAUUGGAGGUAUAUCAACUAUAGAAAGUGGAUUAAAAACCAAUUUUACUUUAGGAUUAAAAGGUGAUGAUUUUGAAUAAAGAGACUCAUAAUAUGGCAAUAAUUCAAAGCAAUUAAAUCUUACUAACACCUAUAUGCAAUUAUUUUUACAAACUCUUGAGGUUAAAAUUUGUUUAAUUAUAGGAUUGCAUAAUUCGAACAUUAUUAGCAGCUUCUAUAGUUUCAAUUGUCAUAGGAGUUUUUACAGCAGAUGAUGAUCAUCGUUCAUGUGCUUGGAUUGAAGGAUUUGUUAUAUGUAUAGCAGUAUUGAUAUCUUGCAAUGUGACAGCAAUCAAUGUAUUUAACAAAUGUAAUUGUUAGGAUUAUUGGAAGUAAGGCCAAUUCUAAAUUUUACAACAAAGGGAAGAGAAUAGAAAGACGGUAGUAGUUUGGAGAGACGGAUGCAAGAUAGAUUUAUAUUAUAGUUUGGUUAUGGUUGGAGAUAUAAUUUAAAUUUGUGAAGGGAUGGAAAUUCCAGCAGAUUGUAUUGUUAUAGAGGCAGCAGAAUUAAUGGUUGAUGUAUACUAUUUAUCCUAUGUAAAAGGAAAGUGUUAUGACAGGUGAAACUAGGCCCAUAAAAAAGGAUACAUAUGAUAAUUGUAUAAAGUAAAGAAAUAAAUUGAGACACAAAAAGUAUGGGUUGAGCAGAUAUGAUAUUCCAUCUCCAAUUAUGCUGGCUGGUACAAAAGUAUUGUCAGGUGAAGGUAAAAUGGUAGUAGCAGUGGUGGGUAAAUCAAGUUGCUUUGGCAAAACUAAUUAUUAGCUUACAACUUAAGAAACAGAACCAACACCGUUGUAAUCUGAAUUAGAGCAACUUGCUUUAGAUAUUGGAAAGUUUGGACUCAUUAGUGCAGGUUUGAUUUUAUUUGUUUUUCUAUUGAGAUUUGGAAUAGAUAGAAUUAAAGAAGAUUCAUUUGAGAAAGAACAUAUUAAGGAGUUGGCGGAUUUCUUUAUUAUUUCAAUUACAGUGAUUAUCAUUGCAAUACCAGAAGGCUUACCACUUGUUGUAACAAUUAGUUUGGCUUAUUCUACGAAGAGAAUGUUACAGGAUAACAAUCUAGUUAAGAAGUUAGCUGCCUGUGAAACUAUGGGAAGAGUAGACAUGGUAUUAUCUUGUAAGACAGGAAUAUUAACCAUGAAUAAAAUGUUUGUGGUCUAGAUUUGGAAUGAAGAAUUAAUGGAUAUUGAUGCUUAUAAGGAGAGAUUAAAUUUAAGUACAUACUUACCAGCUCAUAUGCAUGAAUUGUUUAUUUAAUCAGCCAUUGUAAAUGGAACAGCAGUAAUUAGUGGAGAAGGAUAAGGAUAAGGAAAUAAAACAGAAAUAGCAAUGCUCUUGUUUGCAUAACAAUGUGGCAUAAAUUAUGAAAAGGAAAGAGAUACACAUUAAGCAACCAAGAAGAUUCCUUUUUCGACCAGGAGAAAAAGGAUGACCACCAUUAUUGGAAACAAAAGAUUAGUUGUCAAGGGAGCCAGCGAAAUCAUUCUAAAAGGGUGUAAUAAAUUACUAUCAAAAUCAAUUGGAAUCAUACCUAUCGAUUCUUCCAUUAGAACUAGUAUCGAGUUGGGCAUACAAUAAAUGGCUUCUUAGUGUCUAAUCACUAUGGCAUUAGCAUACAAAGAUAUUAAUGGCGACAAAGAUCUCGACAAUAUAAAUGACAAAGGAGUCUAUGAUAUAGAAACUCAUGAUCUUACUCUGAUUGCUAUAGUUGGUAUUAAAGAUAUUCUAAGAGCUGAAACGCCAUUGGGUAUUGCUGCUUGUAAAACGGCUGGAAUCAAGGUAAGAAUGAUUACUGGAGAUAAUAAAUUCACUGCUUUAGCAAUUGCUAAAGAAUGUGGUAUAUUAAUUGAUGAAAAUCAAUCCCUAGUUUUAGAAGGGGCUGAUUUUUUAAAAAGAAUUGGAGGAAUAGUCUGUAAAUAGUGUCAAAUUUCAAAUUGUGAUUGUCCAAGAGAUUAAAUUAGUGCCUAUUAAUUAGAUAAAUAAGAAAGAGUCGAUACAAUAAAAAAUGGGGUAGAAUUUGAUAAGAUAUAUCCUUUCUUAGAUGUAUUGGCUAGAAGUACAUCUGAAGAUAAGUACGCACUUCUAAUAGGUCUUUAAGAAAGAGGACAUGUUGUAGCCGUAACUGGAGAUGGCACCGGUGAUGGUAAAUUAUAUUAUUUUAUUAGUCCCUAUAUUAAAGAAGGCUGAUGUAGGUCUUGUUAUGGGAAUAGCAGGAACUGAUGCAGCAAGAGAAAGUGCCUCUAUUGUUAUGCUGGAUGAUAAUUUUUAUUCCAUUGUAAAGGCAGUACUAUGGGGAAGGAACAUACAUGAUUCAAUUAAGAAAUUCUUACAAUUUCAAUUGACAGUCAAUAUUGCCAUUUCAGUUUUGACGAUUUUCUCCGCUAUUAUAAUCAAAUAAGAUGUGUUAGAGCCCAUCUAAAUUCUAUGGGUAAAUUUGAUAAUUGAUACAUUUGCCUCACUAGCUCUGGUCACAGAAUCUCCAACCUCAGAGUUAUUAUAGAGAAAACCUCAGAAUAAAAAUGAAGACAUGAUAUCCCCCAAGAUGUUAAAAAAUAUGUUUGGAUAAGCAAUUUAUCAAAUGAUUGUAAUAAUGGUACUAAUAUUUUAUGGGUAAAGAUUCAUUCCAGAGUUUAAGGGAGAGGAAGAUGAAGCAACAGAAUUUAAGGGUAAAUUAUAAUACAAAUAUUCUAACACAUACUUUGAUGAGGUUAAUAACCUCCACAUCUGUCCUAAUUAUAUGGAUUAUUGUAAUCUGAUAUCUUUCAAUACAGAUUAUUACAUUGAUGGAUCAGAAAAUUAUAAAACCUUUUAUAAAGAGACGUAUAUACCUUCAAGAUAGUUUACAGUUAUCUUCAAUACUUUUGUACUAAUGCAAUUGUUCAAUUUUCUUAAUUCCAGAAAAAUAAGAAAUGAGAUCAAUGUCUUCAAAGGAAUAUUAAGCAAUAUGCUAUUCCUUAAAAUAGUUUUUGGUAUUCUUGCUUUAUAAAUAAUGAUUGUUACUUUUGGUGGAAUUGGAUUCCACUGCUAUUCAUUCUAUGGACUCAGCUUAGAACAAUGGUAUUCAAUUGUAUUCAUAUAGGUUAAUAUGUCUAACCUUUGGUAUUGGAAGUUUAAUUGUUAGACUAUUACUCAGAGUAAUUCCAGACCCAAAAUAUGGAAGUCUUACUAGACUUGAUCAAACGCAUAACACUUAAGAUCUAGCAUUGCCAACUGUUACUAUACACGAUUACAAAUACCAGGUUUAAUAACUUAGUCUAGAAUCAGAACAAGAAAACGAAAACCUCAACAAUCCAAUUUAGGAGAAUCAAUCAUGA